AUGACAGACCCAGUCCCUAGAAGUGUAAAAUCUGUUAAAAGUAGACUCGACACGAUUAACCAGAGCGAAGAUUUUGGAAAGAGACCCGCUAAUGUAUCGAAAGUUCAAUCUCAUUUCUUGGUCCCAUCUGACAAGUUGGAUAAAGUCACCAGAAGGGUCAUUGCCCCGUACGCGCAAAUAGAAAGGAAAGGACUAAAAGAGGAAGAAGUUAAGGAAGGGACUUAUCUGGAUAUAAAUCGGUUUAAUGUCUUUUUGGAAGACACCGUUGACCUUGAAUCUUUGUUAUAUGAAACUGCGAAUGUUUUAAAAACGAUCACCAACAGCUCAGGUGUAUUUUUAUACAUCGUAAACAAACUGAAGAACGAAAUUGUAUUAAUGACUCAAAAUACAAAGAACCCAGAGCGGCACGAAGUUAACAUACCGAUUGAGGAAGGAAAGAUAAUAGCUGCUCACGUAGCAGCCACCAAGACCUACCUUCACGUAGAGGAUGUACAGCGAGAUCGACGGUUCUCUGAAGGUCUUAAAUGGAUAGACGCUAAAGUGGCGCUGUGUAUGCCCGUCGUCAAACCUGAUGGAGACUGCUACGCUGUUCUUGAACUGUAUAGGAACUAUCCUGAAGCUUACGAUCAUAACAUAGUGUACACAGUUAUAAGUGUGUCAUGCUGGGCGGGCGCGGCCGUGCAUCAAGCGCAGGAAAGAGUCACCUUACAACGAACUGCUCAUCUUAAUCAGGAAUUACGAGCGUUGCUUCACAACUACUUCUGCGACCUGGCGUCGCUCGACACCAUGUUGACUGAUAUGCUGGCAGUUAUAAAAUCUUUCGUUGGAGCAAUGCGCAGUAGUUUCUUUAUAAUAGAUAAAGAAAAUGUUAGCGGGAACUUGCUAGCGGACAUGUGGGAUGACGGCUGGGGAACGGAGCGAUCAACGAUACCCAGGAAAAAGAUGAGAGUUAAUCUGAGUCAAGAGAUGACCCCAGCCGGUCUAGUGGCAAAAACUGGUGAAUCAAUAAACGUUCGUGACGCGUACAAGGACCCACGUUUCUCUAAGGAGAUCGAUCCCACUACUGGGACUGUUGUCAGGUCGUGUCUGGUGGCUCCUAUUAUGGACAAAAAAGGAGUCAUUGGUGUAGUCCAACUGACAAACAAAAUAAACAGCCAACCGUUCUCAGUCGAAGACGAGGUGAUAUUCGAAGUAUUUACAAGUUACUGCUCCCUCAUCAUACACUUCAACAACAUGCAGCAACAGAAGAUAUAUCAUGAAAAUCUGAACAAAGUGUACAACGAUCUCAUGAAUCUUCAUUUGAGUCCGUGUCGCCACGACAUGGACGAAAUCAUGGAAACGAACGGAAUAAUCUUGCCGCCGAAUAAUUUUAAAAGUUAUAACUACCACAUCAGUGAAGGUAGUAAGGAAGAUAUGCCAGGGCUCGUCUGUCACAUGUUCGUGGAGACCUUCGCUGAUAAGAAGUUUGAGCGUGAGAGUCUGGCUGACUUCACCCUCACUAUCCUAAGCUGCUAUAGGAACAAUCCUUACCACAACGCCGAACACGCGUUCUGCUUUACACAUACUAUGUUCUUGAUAUUGACCAACAAUAAUGGAUACUUCGACUUUGUUGAGACGGCAGCCCUCAUGCUGUCUGGUCUAUGUCACGACUUGGACCACCCAGGGUAUAACAAUAACUUCCUGUCUCUCUGCAAACACCCCCUGGCCCUUAUGUACCGCUCGUCCAUGUUGGAGUAUCAUCAUUACUUCCUCGCAAAGAAAGUCAUCGAAGAUAAGAAAUUACUGAUCAACGUGCCAAUAGCCGACCGAGAGCGUAUAUUAGAAGAAAUGAAAUAUGAUAUCCUAUGUACAGAUCUCGCUAUAUAUUUUCAGGUCAGAGCUCAACUCACACCGCUGGUAGCUGAGUGCUGUUUCGAUUGGACAGAUAAUACUCAUCGAAGUUUACUCAAAGGAAUUUUGAUGACGACUAGUGAUCUCUCAGGAUGCUGUAAGCCAUUCGGUGUGUCGAAAGCUAUCGCCGAAUCUGUUUACGAGGAAUUCUACAAACAGGGUGAUAAAGAAAGACGUAUGGGCUACACUCCUCUCAGUAUGAUGGACCGUCGUCGCUCCAUCAACCAACCCGCGGAACAGAUCCAAUUUCUAUCAGUAGUGGUGCUACCGUGUCUGCUACUACUACAGAAUAUCUUUCCCAACACGGCACAACUCACAGAGAACUGUCGCAAGACCCAAGAAGCUUGGCACGAAGAGAUUGAGAUACGUGGUCAGAAACUUUGGAGACAAGAUGAUUCAAUCGGCAGCGCGAGCAGAACACGACUUAUGCUUAAAGCUGAUAGCGACAUCAAUUAA